GGGCCUGGCCCGGCCGGAAAGGUCAGGGCUAUAAAUAGCGGGGGGCGCCGAUAGGGCAGGUCCCCCCCGUGUCCCCAUGGCCGCGCUGGACAUUGUCCGAGCGGGCGGCCGCGGCCUGGAUCGCCGCCUGGACCGCGUGUCGGGCCAGGCGCUGCUGGCCGGGCUGCGGGCGGCCGGAGCCGUGUCCGAGCCCGAGGUGGCCGCGCUCGGCCGGCCGGACAGCGGGGGCUGGGCGCGGCGACUCCGCGCUCUGGCCGCGGCCAAGGGCGACCGGACGUGCCGGGCGCUGCUGACCGUCCUGGAGGGGCUGGAGGGGCCGCCCCGGCCGGGGCCCUUCGAUUUUUACGACCCCCAGCGCGACUCCGCCCCCGCGCACCGCUGGGACUGCGCCUGCUGCCACCCCGAGGAGGAGGAGGAGGGAGCCAGGGGCCGGGAGGAAGGCCCCGAGGAGGAGGAGGAGGAGGGAGAGCCCAAAAAUGAGGAAGAAAACCCCGAGGAGGAGGAGGGAGAACCCAAAAAUGACGAUGAAGGCCCCGAGGAUGAUGAAGGUGGAGGUGAUGAAGGUCCCGAGGAUGAAGAUGGAGGUGAUGAAGGCCCUGGUGAUGAUGAAGGUGGAGGUGAUGAAGGUCCCGAUGAAGAUGACGGCCCUGAGGAUGAUGAAGGUGGAGGUGAUGAAGGCCCCGAGGAUGAUGAAGGUGGAGGUGAUGAAGGCCCCGAGGAUGCUGAAGGUGAUGAAGGCCCCGAGGAUGAUGAAGGUGGAGGUGAUGAAGGCCCCGAGGAUGAUGAAGGUGGAGGUGAUGAAGGCCCCGAGGAUGAUGAAGGUGAUGAAGGCCCCGAGGAUGAUGAAGGUGGAGGAGGGGAUGAAGAUUAAAGGGAGGGGCUGAGGAGGAGGAGGAGGGUGGGGAGGAAGGUGAUGGUGGUGAUGAUGAUGAUGAAGAAUUUUGGGUCAAAAAAAGCCCAAAUUGGAGCUUUGGACCUCCAUGAGGAUGAUGAUGAGGAUGAAGAUGAAGAUGAGGAGGAAUUUUGGGUCAAAAAAUGCCCAAAAUGGACCCUUGGUCCUCCAUCAUGAUGAAGAUGAAGAUGGUCUCCAUGAUGAUGAUGAAGAUGAAGAAUUUUGGGUCAAAAAAAGCCCAAAUUUGGAGCUUUGGUCAUGAUGAUGAAGAUGAUGAAGAUGAUGAAGAAUUUUGGGUCAAAAAAAGCCCAAAUUGGAUCUUUGGGCCUUCAUGAAGAUGAGGAUGAAGAUGAAGAUGGUCUCCAUGAAGAUGAUGAAGAUGAGGAGGAAUUUUGGGUCAAAAAAGGCCCAAAUUGGGCCCUUGGUUGUGAUGAUGAAGAUGAUGAUGAAGAUGAAGAAUUUUGAGUCAAAAAAAGCCCAAAUUGGAUCUUUGGUCCUCCAUGAAGAUGAG